AAUCCAGUUGAAUCGGGGGAGGGACCUAGACAUUCGCUCCGGUUAGCUUAUAAAAGCAGCGUCUCGCUGCUUCCACUCGCAUAGAAGACGAACGAUACGGAGGGAAGUGUCUCCACUUCGACGAAAAUUUAAAACAAGGGGAACAAAAUAGAACCGUUGUGAGAAAUGGCUCGUACCAAGCAGACUGCUCGUAAAUCCACUGGAGGAAAAGCUCCCAGAAAGCAGCUGGCAACCAAAGCAGCGAGGAAAAGCGCGCCAUCUACCGGUGGCGUGAAGAAGCCCCACAGAUACAGGCCAGGCACUGUUGCUCUGCGUGAGAUCCGUCGGUACCAGAAGUCAACUGAGCUGCUCAUCAGGAAACUGCCUUUCCAGCGUCUUGUCAGGGAAAUUGCUCAAGAUUUCAAGACGGACUUGCGUUUUCAGAGUGCAGCCAUUGGUGCCCUGCAGGAGGCCAGUGAAGCUUACUUGGUUGGGCUGUUUGAGGACACCAACCUGUGUGCCAUCCAUGCAAAAAGAGUCACAAUCAUGCCCAAGGACAUCCAGCUGGCCAGGCGAAUUAGAGGAGAGCGUGCAUAAAUCUGUUUUAACCUUUUAGUGGGGUGUUGUGAGGAGGGAUGGUACAGGGGGGUUUAGGUCAGGGUAUUUGAUUGGGGAUGUUUUGUAAAUUUCAAACUGUUAACAGCAUGUGGUUUAUUUGUAGUUCUAGGCAUGUUUUUGUACUUGUCUUUUCACUUUUCAGUCUCAUUCAAUAUAGACCACCGCUUCUCUGUAAAAUGCUCGAUGUUCCAUUCUUUUCUUCUGUUUGCAAACAUUAGUCUGUACUUCAAUCCUGUGUGCAUGUCAUAGGAUUUCUUGUGCUGUAAAUAAACUUUCUGCUACCUCAUA